AUGUUCGAGAUUCCUAUUCAUAUUCGACAUUGUAUUUUGUAUGAGUUCCAAUUCGGAAACAAUGCAAGCGUUGCUGCUCGCAAUAUAUGUGCUGCUCUCGGCGAAGGUACAGUUGCUGAUCGUACAUGUCGUGAUUGGUUCAAAAGAUUUCCAGGAGGCGACAUAUCGUUGGAAGAUCAUCCGAGGUCUGAACAUCCUGUCGAAUCCGAUGUUGAACAAUUAAAAGUACUAAUAGAAGACAAUCCACAGCUAAUCACUCGGGAGUUGUCAGCAAUGUUAGGCUGCAACCGAUCCACCAUCGAUCGUCAUCUGCAUCAAAUGGGAAAAGUCAAUAAGCUUGAUACAUGGGUUCCACAGGAAUUAUCACCGGACAGCAUGUAA